AACACAGGCCAAAACCCAAACCUUGACUUGGCUCGCCACUCCACACGCCAUUGCAAGUCCCGUGCUCUCUCGCUCCUUCACCUUCUACUCCCCAAACUCGAAACCCCACUUACUGAACUUUGUUAAAGUUCAUAAAUUUCACAAAAUUUUUCGACCUUCUUUGCUUCAAAAUCUACUUCCUUCAAAAUCUACUUCCUCUCCUAUCACUAACCGUUUCAAUUUUGAUUUUUGGGCUCCAUAGCUUGGAAGGCAGAAGAAGAUGGAGAAGCUUAACUUGGCCCUUGUGUCUUCCCCAAAGCCUUUGAUGUUGGGACAUGUUCCUGCAAUAGACGCCACAUCCAGAGACGUUUUCAGAAGAAAGCACUUCUCUUUUGGGAGGGUCUUAAUUGCUCCUCAUCGUUGCAGAUUCCGUGUUUCUGCACUCUCUUCCUCCCAUCGUAAUCCGAAAUCUGUGCAGGAGAAGCUGAUAGUAAAGCAUUUUGCUAGUAUUUCUUCUUCGAAUACUCAAGAAGCGACGUCAACUGGAGUUAACCCACAAUUAUCACCAUCUUCAACUAUAGGGUCACCUCUCUUCUGGAUUGGUGUUGGUGUUGGGCUUUCUGCACUGUUUUCAGUGGUAGCUUCAAGAUUAAAGAAAUAUGCAAUGCAACAAGCUUUCAAGACCAUGAUGGGCCAGAUGAAUUCACAAAAUAACCAAUUUGGCAAUGCUGCCUUUUCUCCGGGAUCUCCUUUUCCCUUUCCAAUGCCUACAGCAGCAGGGCCCACUGCACCUGCUAGUUCUGCAACUACUCAAUCUCGAGCACCUUCAGCAUCUAGUGCAUCUCAAUCCACUAUCACAGUAGAUAUACCUGCAGCAAAAGUAGAAGUUGCUCCAACUACUAAUGUUAAAGAUGAAGUCGAAGUAAAGAAUGAACCCAAAAAAAUUGCUUUUGUAGAUGUUUCUCCAGAAGAAACUGUGCAGGAGAGUCCUUUUGAAAGUUUUAAAGAUGAUGAAUCAAGUUCCGUCAAGGAAGCUCGGGUUCCAGAUGAAGUUUCUCAAAAUGGAGCCCCCUCUAACCAAGGUUUUGGUGAUUUUCCUGGUUCUCAAUCUACAAAAAAAUCAGUCUUGUCAGUGGACGCUUUGGAGAAAAUGAUGGAGGACCCAACAGUGCAGAAGAUGGUUUAUCCCUAUUUACCCGAGGAGAUGAGGAACCCUACUACCUUCAAAUGGAUGCUGCAGAAUCCACAGUACCGUCAACAACUUGAAGAAAUGCUAAACAACAUGGGUGGAAGCACAGAAUGGGACAGCCGAAUGAUGGAUACCUUAAAGAAUUUUGACCUUAAUAGUCCUGAAGUUAAGCAGCAAUUUGAUCAAAUUGGGCUUUCUCCAGAAGAAGUCAUUUCAAAGAUUAUGGCCAAUCCUGAGGUUGCAAUGGCAUUUCAAAAUCCUAGAGUUCAAGCAGCUAUCAUGGAUUGUUCGCAGAAUCCAAUGAAUAUUACUAAAUACCAAAAUGAUAAGGAGGUUAUGGAUGUCUUCAAUAAAAUAUCAGAACUCUUCCCUGGAGUAGGUUCACCUUGAUGCAUUUGUGUGUUGUUGCUGUUUGCUGGGUCAAGUUAUGCAUCCCUUUCCUGAUGACCAAUGAAGAUUAGCUCGGCCUAACCACACGGAACCAUGCAAAACUCUUAUGCUCAUGGCUGUAUACUGCAGGCUCGCGGUUACAGCUCCAUUGUGACAUGCGGAUAGUAACUGUGUCUUCUUCGCUGGGCUAAAAUAAUGCCACAGUUGGAUUUUUUUGUUUCACUAAAAUAGUUGAGAUUGUGUAGAUUGAUGUUUUAUGUUUUCAUUAAAUAUUUUGUUUGAGGCAUUGUAUUUGCAGUGUGGUUUUUGGUUGAGUAUUCAGGUGCAGUAAAAAUGUGAAUGCUUCGCAUAAUAAUUUCAUAAAGUAUAAUCUGAGAUUAGGGGCCA